AUGCGGAUUUCACUAUUGCUGCUCACCCUGCCCGCCAUCCUAGUCGCCUACAACCCCCCGGCCUCCGAGUGCGACCAAAUCACGCUGGUGAAGUGCUUCAUCGAUAUUUUGGACGAUUGGGCGUGGACGCUGUACGAGUUGAAGCAGAAUGUGGUGACGAUCAGCGAUGAACAAUGCAAGCACCUCAGUCGACUCGAGACCUGUGUAAAUGUUUCCGAGACGGUCAGCGAUCUUCUCACUCACAGACAGAAGGCUGGCUCAUUCUUAAAGUCGUACUACCUUCUCAAAUACGCCUGUUCCACCGAGGGCCAGGAAAUUCUGAGAGAACAUCGGGAGUGCCUGAAAAACGAACGAAUCGGAGACAUGACAUUGAAGGCUGGCACGUACAUGGCCACCAAGUUCCUUGAUAGCCCCAAUGACGGAGUGUGCGCAGAGAUACAACAACAACUUGAUGAGUAUAUGGAGACGACCAGCGGACUUUGCCAGGCAGCAGCCUCGCGACUCAUGUGCAAGAGUCUCACCAACAUGUUUACGGAACUCCAUCGCGAUGCGCUUUCCGACUGCGAGUUUAAGUGCCCGGAGGCUAAGGAGGCACCGAAAGCCGACACGAAUACGCUGGAAGACCCGCAGCAAGAGCAAAGCGAUCAGGAGGCGCUGAACAAAGCCAAGGGCAGCGCCCUAUCCACCAUUACGCAGUCGGCCGGGCUUCUGCUCGCCUUCAUCUUUCUCCGA